GCUUCAGUUCCUAGCAGAAUUUUGUCGCGAAAUACAGCUGUUUUCGCGUUCGAGUUCGAGAAGCGUUCGCUAGCUUUGUCGAUGGUUUCCACGCCCCGCGGAUUCGUAGCCGUUGGUUUGUUGGUCGGCUUGUUAACGAUAAAGUACAGUAGUAGCAUAGUAGCCACCAGUACGGACGGACGGACGGACGGGGGGCAUUAUUGUUUUAGAUGGUAAACAUUUCGCGUGGGGUCUCUCCGGUAGAUGAUACACAUGUUUGAACACUAUCAGUUAUCAUCAGUGCGCGUAUCGUUGCUGGACGCGUGGGUGAUCGGAAGUCGUUUUCCCGUUGCGGGGUUUACGCGCUAGUUCGUGGUGAAAGAUUGUGGCUGUCGCGAUUCGUGCAGACGGAAGCAAGUGAUUCGGGGAAGAAAGGUGACGACAACCCGUGGUGACAAAAAUGCUGCAACGGCAGCUAGAUGAGCCAGCGGUCGACAACCUUUGGAACUAUCUGGUGUUUGUGGCGUUCGUAGUAAUCUCGGCGUUGAUCCCGAUCCGGAAGCGACUAUGCAGCCGAAAGGUGAAAACCAAAGAGGACUACGUAUUCGGGGCGGGUCACAUUUCCAUGCUGGCGAUGAUGCUUUCCAUAACACGUGGGACACUGGGUGUCAUUUCGGUGCUUGGAUACCCGAGCGAGUUUUUCUACCGAGGAUCCGCGAUGUGGGAGACGCUGUACGGGAUGAUCACGGCGUAUCCGAUCGUCUGCUUGGUCUUUAUUCCGGUGUACUUUGAUCUGGGGAUAACCUCGGUGUACCAGUACUUAGAGUUAAGGUUCAAUAGUCGACUUGUUCGAUGUCUCGCCUCGGGAACGUACAUCAUUCGUUCACUGCUCAGUCUGGGGAUCACAAUUUAUACCCCGACGGUUGCGCUGAACACCAUCAUCGGCGUGCCUUAUUGGGUUUCUCUUCUGUGCAUUACCUUUAUCAGUAUUUUCUUCAACGCUCUCGGUGGCAUGAAGGCCGCAGUUGCAGCGGACGUAAUCCAAAGCCUCAGUAUGACUGCGAUGUUGGUCGGCAUUGUGAUAUACUGUACCAUUGAGAGCGGCGGAGUUGUACGAGUAUUUGAAAUCGGCGAAGCAAAUGGACGAAUGAACUUCUUCAACUUCGCAGCAGAUCUGCAUUUGAGGGUGACGACGACAUCUGCGUGGUUGGGCGAGUUGUUCAUGUCACUGAGCUUGUUGGGCUGUCAGCAAAACUUCGUCCAGCGAUAUUUAAGUAUGCCAACGUUGUGCAAGAUCAGGAGAACGAUGUUGGUAAAUGUUCCACUAGUGGCGAUCCUUUUUACCCUUCCUUGGCUCGUCGGAAUGGGAAUCUUCGCGCUAUACCAUAACUGUGAUCCGUUGAAGGCCGGAUUGAUAGAAAAGAUGGACCAAAUUUUACCCUAUUUUGUUGUGGACUUUUUCGCCAAUGUGCCAGGAGUAUGGGGCCUCUUCGUUGGCACUCUUUUCAAUGGAGCAUUGACUUUCAACAUAUCCAGCCUGAACUCUCUCGCAACCGUGACAUGGGAGGAUUUUCUGUCACUGCUUCCUAGUAUGAAAAAGAAAACUGAUAGCUAUCAAUUAACUGUGAUAAAGAUUGUUGGAUCUACUUAUGCCAUUGUGAUAAUGGGUGUUGGUUUUCUGGUGGGACUACUUUCGGGAGUAAUUGAAUCUUCAGUGCUGGUACUUUCGGCAACUUCCGGACCUCUGCUUGGGGUUUUCAUCCUAGCGAUGUUUGUGCCGUUUGCAAACUGGAAGGGAGCAGCCUUGGGAAUGAUCGUUUCUCACGCUGUGACGAUGUGGAUCGUUACAGGUCGCUUGUUGUAUGUGGAGAUCAAUGAUUCUCUACUGCCAACUUCAACCGAAGGUUGUACCUUUCAAUGGCAAUCGGGUUUGAAUCAUACAUCACACCUGUUAGCUGAAAUCAGAAAAAUAUCCACGGUGCAGGAACAAUCCGUCCUAUAUCGGAUAUAUUCCAUCUCCUACAUGUACUACGGGGUAUUCGGUACUAUUUUGACAGUAUCCGUAGGAAUAGUGUUUAGUUUGGCAACCUGGAGUAAAUUGGACGCUUAUAACACUAAGAUGCUGCAUCCGGCUGUUCGGUGGAUUCAUUCCCGGUCGCCAUUCGGAGGUAAGCGAUUCGGGUCCUUUGAUUUGAAUAAGAAUGAAAAGCGCAGAACGACACCGGCAGAGGGUGUGAUAUCUGAGAAACAUUUUGCGAAUAGUUGACGUAUUCUUUUAGUUAGAUGGUAUGACAAAGUUAAUUCACAUGUAUAAUUUGUGUAUAUAGGUAUAGCUUAAUCUAGUUUGAAUAAAUAGAGUCAGUAAUUAUGAGUGGAAUUUUAAAGAACAAUAAAAUAUACGUUUAAGUAUUGGAACUUA